UAGGAUGGGAGGACCGGAGAAGGCGUUGAGCAAAAGGAGGUGGCCUCCUCUGGGAACUACUCAAACUAGUUUUUCCAGGUGUGGACAGUCAGAACAGCUCGAUGCACCGAGAGGACUGGAAAUGGAUGUGUGGGCGCUAUAGCAUCCCAAAAGCACGCAGUGAGAGGAGAGAGACGACAACACAAGAGCGUGCUACACAGCAGAGAAGCAUGAACUUCCCAGCCACCUUGGAACUGUCCAUAGGGGAUGUCCGAAUGCCCUUCUCUGAUGAAGUCAAAUACAGCAUCCUGGGAAUUUCUGUCUGCUUGUUCCUUGUGGCCAUCAUCAUACUGGUGUGGCAACUGUACCGGUACUGCUUGCAGAAGCCCACUACACAGGAAAUGUUGAAUGGUUUACUAUGUACAGAGGACAAGUCUACAAAAAAGGGAAUGUUCAAUUCAGAUAUUCAGAGGCCCAGGUUUAAGGUAGAGAGGCAACAUGAGGAGGCUCGGAGGCUGAGUCGCUGCCUCUCCCCUGGGUCCUCACAGUUGGAGCAGGGCAGUCUGGAGCCAGAUGGUCUGGCUGAGCAGGAUCGCCCAGAGGAGCUGGUCCAGGGCUCACUGCGCUUCUCCCUCCUUUACGAUGAGCUGCAGUCACGGCUGGUGGUAACGGUGCUGGAGGCACGGGGCCUCCCCCGGCGGGGCUUCAGCCAGAGUGUGGACCCCUUUGUGAGGAUGCGGGUCCUGCGAGUGAGCCCCGAGGAUGACCCACCAUCAGCCACACCCCCACUGCACCGCGUGCUCCAUGAGUGGCAGUCCCGCUUGGUGAAGGACAGCACCAACCCCACCUUUGGGGAUCAGUUCGCCUGCACACUGGCUGAGGAUGAUGUCCCACACAUCACAGUCAGGCUGGAGGUUAGAGACUUUGACAAGUACUCCAGGCAUGGGAUUUUGGGAGAAGUAAGAGCUCCUCUGGGUGGCCUGAAUAUAUCAUACCCACUGGAAAUAUUGGAGGACUUGAAGGCACCAAAGAAGGACCCAGUUGGAGAGGUGCUCCUCUCACUCAAAUACCUACCUACCUCCCAGAGACUGGAGGUAGGCAUCCUUAAGGUCAGAACACUUUCCCAGUCCACAAGUAAACACAAAGCUCUCUAUGCCAGGAUCUCUGUUGUCUGCAACCAGUGCAAACUCCGGCACCAGAAGACCACUGUGAAGACCCGGUGGGAGGUGACUGUCUUCAACGAGGUCAUGACAUUCAUGCUGCCCGACCCUCACAUCAUUGAGUGCUCCAUUGUGGUCUCCGUGUAUGAAGUGGGCUCAAACAAGAAGUCGCCCAAGCACCUGAUUGGUCAGGUCACCCUGGGAAAAGACAAGAGAUCUGAAGAUGAACACUGGAUCCUGAUGAUGCGCUCGCUGCGCCAGCCAAUUGCAAAGUGGCAUUUACUGUUCGUCUGAGGACCACUGCCCCUGGGCUGCAGCUGCAUGGCAGUGGCUGAGGGGAAUUAAAAGCAGGACCUGGACUGCCUGGGUGUGAAUGAUGUGACUAAUCUGCUGUGACUGAUCUGCUAGAACUGUUAAACAUGCAGCAGUAAGCACUGUCAUGUGCCUGGGCUAUCCAGUCAUACAGUAAAAUGACAUCCUGCCAGCCUCCA